AUGUUGCUUGGCAGUCAAAGAGACUUGGGUUGGUCCCUCAUUUUAAACUUUAUAAUAAGCAACUAUUUGAAUGGCAGUACUACUUGUAUAUUUUGGAAUGAUGCCUAUGAAUUUGAGCCACAAUUCUUGACUAAGGGCUACUCAAGUUUUGUGGGAAUAAACAUUGUUUCAUUGGCCAAUAGUUUUGACCAUGAUGUUGUCAAUGUGUGGGCCAAGAAACAGCAGUUAACUAAACGAGAACUGCCCUUUGAUGAUCUUUUGCUAAAGCUAACCAUAUCAAUUGAGACAUCACACUGUGAGAAUUUUGUGGUUUUUGGCAAGGAUAUUUUCCGUUUUGUAGAUGUUUUUACCAACGCUUCUAUGUACUCAAUUUGGCGUUCAAUGCACAAUAAGUUUGUCUUUUUGCAUUUGAGAGAAGAGGAACCUUUUUACGACAACUAUUUCUUUGAAGAUCAACCCAAUAUACUUUUUGUUGUGAGAGAUGAUCCAAAUGGCAGUCACUUUGAUCUUAAAACCAACAAAUAUGUCGGACCUAAGGCUGAGAAUCCAGCAGAGUUAAUUUUAUUAGAUCACUACAAUGCAUUGAAUCAGAGUUUUCAACUUGGUGCUCAUCUUUUCCCCCAAAAAACUCGCAAUUUGCAGGGUCGUGAAUUGGUUAUUGCUUGCUUUGACUAUAGACCUUACACGGUUAUCAAACAUAACUCUCAUAUUAAUGCUCGGGAUAUAGGUGUCCCGUUGGACUCGGGAUUCUCUGGUGUUUACAUAGAUGGCACCGAAACGCAAGUAGUUCUAACUUUCUGUGCUCAAUUCAAUUGCACUGUGCAAAUAGAUACGUCGGAUGCUGACGAUUGGGGUACGAUUUACACUAAUAUGUCUGGAGAUGGAGCCAUGGGAAUGAUUAUUGAACACAAGGCUGAUAUAUGCAUUGGCGCUAUGUAUACUUGGUAUGAUGAUUACAUGUAUCUUGACUUGUCCAUGUAUCUAGUGCGUUCGGGAAUAACCUGUCUGGUGCCAGCACCACGAAGAUUGGCCAGUUGGUAUCUGCCCUUGCAACCAUUUCAGGGUACACUGUGGGCUGCCGUCUUGGCCUGUCUAAGUAUUGAAAUAGUUGGUCUUAUACUGGCCCAUAGAAGCGAAGAAGAGCUCUAUGUAAUGACGGCAAGUGUGCGGGAUGGCUGGUUUAGCAGUUGGAAAUUUGCCUUGGCCAUUACCUUUAAACUUUUCAUUUCCCAGUCGGGAAACAGUAGAGCGCGCUCCAUGACGGUUCGAGUGUUGCUUUUCGCAUGUUUUCUGAACGAUAUUAUAAUCACAAGCAUAUAUGGCGGCGGAUUGGCUAGCAUACUGACCAUACCCAGUCUAGAUGAGGCGGCUGAUACGGUAGAACGAUUGCGUGGACAUCAUUUGCAUUGGGCUGCCAAUUCGGAAGCUUGGGUUUCGGACUUACGCGGUUCUGAUGAGCCUCUUGUGUUGGACCUUCUGCAAUACUUUCACAUUUACAAUGAUAAGCAAUUGCUAGACUUGGCUCAGGAUAAAAGUGUACAUAUGGGAUUUACUGUGGAGCGUCUACCUUUUGGUCACUUUGCCAUUGGCGAUUAUUUGACGGCCCAAACCAUUGACAAGAUGGUGAUUAUGCAGGAGGAUUUGUAUUACCAAUAUACAGUAGCUUUCGUUCCACGGCUCUGGCCUCUACUAGAAGAAUUUAACGCUUUGAUUUAUCGAUGGCACUCCUCGGGAUUCGAUAAGUAUUGGGAAUAUCGUAUUGUGGCCGACAAUCUCAAUGUUCAGAUACAACAGCAAGUGGAAGGCACCAUGUUGAGUAGUAGUCAAGAGGAUAUUGGACCCGUCACUCUGGGAAUGUCAAACUUUGCAGGAAUAAUUUUGGUUUGGGUAUUGGGAGCAAUUGCAGCAUCUUUAGUCUUUGUGGGGGAGUUGAUCUUUGCCGCCAAGUUCAAACGGCGGAGCUUAGUUCUGUGAAUUUCUUUUCAUUUAGGCCAUCUCACAUUUAGAUUAAUUUUAGUACACAGAAACGCACUGUUUGUAUAUUGCGAAAUAAAUACCAACUAUUGCCCAA